AUGGGAGACCUCAAAGGACACAUUUUGCCAGGAAUUGUUUUAUUGCUGUACGGACUGUGGUGGGCAGUGGGCUGCAUCAGGCGCUACUUACUGUGUCGUAAAACAGGUCAACAGUAUGUGUCAACUGUCACCUUCAAUUGCCCUUUCCCAUGCAGAAACAUCGAAACAUGGCCAGUGGAAAGUGUGGCCAAAAUUGUUGUAUUUUCCCUUGAGAUUUUGGGGGAGAUCUUUUUUAAUAUUUCACAUCUCAAACUUCACAAUGUACAACACGCUACGAUGUACGUUUUCUUCCUGAUAUCCGGAGCAGUGGACCUGUGCAUGCACUUGGGCCUUCCUCUGCCUCCCGGAACCGAUUAUGUGGCCUUGGCGCUCGCGUUCCUGAUGGAGGGCUUCUUGUUCACCAACCAUUUACACGACAGAGAAAUCCUCGACGUUCACAUCCACAUGCUGCUCACCUAUGUCGUCUUUCUAACUGUGGUAGUGAUACUUUUGGAAGCCAGAUACCAGAGGUCGGUCCUGAUGACCCUUUCUCGCGUCUUCCUGUUCAUGUUACAAGGGAGUUGGCUUUGCGCAGUGGGCAUCAUCUUAUAUAUUCCGAGGCAGAGCAGCAAUGCUUGGGACAUGAAUAGCCACUCUGACGUAGUACUGGCCAGCGUUUGCUUCAC